AUGUCGGCGAUGCGGAAUAUAGGGAAUCUGGCGUUACCAUCUACCAAUGUUGUCACAUCUACCCAUGUUGUCACAUCUACCCAUGUUGUCACAUCUACCCAUGUCGUCACAUCUAACCAUGUUGUCACAUAUACCCAUGUUGUCACAUCUACCCAUGUCGUCACAUCUACCAAUGUUGUCACAUCUACCCAUGUUGUCACAUCUACCCAUGUUGUCACAUCUAACCAUGUUGUCACAUAUACCCAUGUUGUCACAUCUACCCAUGUCGUCACAUCUACCAAUGUUGUCACAUCUACCCAUGUUGUCACAUCUACCCAUGUCGUCACAUCUACCAAUGUUGUCACAUCUACCCAUGUUGUCACAUCUACCCAUGUUGUCACAUCUACCAAUGUUGUCACAUCUAACCAUGCUGUCACAUAUACCCAUGUUGUCACAUCUAACCAUGUUGUCACAUCUACCCAUGUUGUACCAUCUACCCAUGUUGUUACAUCUAACCAUGUUGUACCAUCUCCUCAUGUUGUACCAUCUACCCAUGUUGUCACAUCUACCCAUGUUGUACCAUCUCCUCAUGUUGUACCAUCUACCCAUGUUGUCACAUCUACCCAUGUUGUCACAUCUACCAAUGUUGUACCAUCUACCCAUGUUGUUACAUCUAACCAUGUUGUCCCAUCUACCCAUGUUGUCCCAUCUCCUCAUGUUGUCACAUCUACCCAUGUUGUCACAUCUCCUCAUGUUGUCACAUCUACCCAUGUUGUCACAUCUACCCAUGUUGACGCCCAUGCUCACCGUGCACAAAUCGUCAGUGCUGACCCCCAGCAGCACAACUACCACAGACAGCCAUGGCCAGCAGUGAGCCCGACUCUUUCCAACAUCAAACACGUCUGGCACAUGAUAGGAAGGCGUUUGCGUCAACGUCAUAGGUCGCCGACCACGUUGGCUGAACUUGGCCAGGCGCUUCAAGAGGAGUGGGACAGACUCCUUUUAAUCGGCAGUGGGAGACUCAUUCGCAGUAUGCCUCAUCGAAUGAAUGAAUGUUUGACAAAUUGUGGCGGGAUCACGCACUACUGA